UUCUUUGAAUUUAACUGCACUCACGCGACGUAUACGUAAUAUUAAUAUUUAAUUUGUUGAAUGUAAAUUCACGGAUAAACUGAAGCUGAUUGUUUCAAAAACUUCCGGCAAUUUCGUGGCAUAAAAUGUUUGCCUCCAAUAUCCGUUCGGUUGCCGUUGGAGUCGACGUUGUGCCGUGAGAGCUCGUCCUGUCCCUUUCGCGGAUCCUGAUCCCGCGUUCCUCACCCAUUUCCGGUGCAGUCCGUUGCAUCCACCUUACAUUUGCAAUUCGAAUCGAAUCGGCGCAAGAGGACGUUUUCCCUUCUUUUUUUCUUUUUUUUUGCGUUGCAUAUGCGUUGGCUAAUUAGCAUGCGGCAUUUGCAGCAAUCAGAGUAGAGCGCACAAUAGGAAUAAUAACGCGGAAUGGAAGAGGAUGUGUAUGCCUCGCUGGGUGCCUACAACGACAGCGGUGGCGAGGAUUGGAGCAGCGCGGAGCACCUCGUCCUGUGGGAGGAGGAUGAGCAGGAGCGGCCGGGCGGAAACGACAGCCAUCGGCAUAAUCAACUGCUGCUGUCCAGGUGGAAUGCCACCAGCGGCAGUGGCAAUGCCACCGUCAUCGAGGACGUCCCCUUCGAUGCCAACAACUACUGGGCCCUGCUGGCCCUCGUCCUCGUCCUGGGCACGGCUGCCGGGAAUAUCCUUGUGUGUCUGGCCAUCGCCUGGGAGCGACGGCUGCAGAAUGUGACCAACUACUUCCUCAUGUCGCUGGCCAUCACCGAUCUGAUGGUCGCCGUCCUGGUCAUGCCGCUGGGCAUCCUUACGCUGGUGAAAGGAUAUUUUCCAUUGGGCUCGGAGCAUUGCCUGACCUGGAUUUGCCUGGAUGUCCUUUUCUGCACGGCCAGCAUCAUGCACCUGUGCACCAUCUCCGUGGACCGUUAUUUAUCGCUGCGCUACCCCAUGAGAUUUGGCCGGAAUAAAACACGCCGGAGAGUCACUCUUAAAAUUGUUUUCGUGUGGCUCCUGAGCAUCGCCAUGAGCUUGCCCUUGAGCUUGAUGUAUUCCAAGAAUCACGCCUCGGUGCUGGUGAAUGGAACUUGCCAGAUACCGGAUCCGGUGUACAAGCUGGUCGGCUCCAUUGUGUGCUUCUACAUUCCGCUGGGCGUGAUGUUGCUGACAUAUUGCCUGACCGUCCGCCUUUUGGCCCGGCAGCGCCAGAACUUGGGCGGUGGCCAGCAGACGGCAGCCGCCACCCCCGGAUGGGCGAGUGGGUGGCUUGGCCAGGCCCCGGCCUUGGAACGCCGAUGCACCUGGCGACGUCUGUUGAAGCCGGGUCCGGGAAACGCCUCCUCAGUGCUGCACGCCCACUCCGCCAAUUCCACGGACACUGACCUCAGCACAUUGGACAACCACGAGCUCUGGCUGCCCGAUUCCAGCAUAAAGGAACCCACGCCCACGACAAUGACGGCUCUGCAUCAGUUUGGAGCCGAGAUGCUGAAGCUAUCCCGUGGCCUGGAGUCGGUGGCCUCCUCGUCCACCACGGGUUCGCCCACCAAAUCCGAAUUUUCCAUAUCGAAUCACCUGCAGCUGCAAUACCCAUGCAGUCCCCAGCGAUACGCCCCCCACCACGCCUCCGCCCUGCAGCCGCACCAGCCACAUCAUCAUCAUCAUCACCACCAGCAGCCGGGUGGCGUCUACCACCAGCAGACCUCGCCCAAGGGUCGCCAGGGAACCACAGUCCUCGGUCUGUCCACCACCACGCUUGGAAUAGAGCGGGAGAGCACCCGGAACUCCUUGGCCAGCAGUCGCAUGGGAGGCGAGCAGAGUGAUGGGACUCUCUCGCAGCUUUCCCAGCGACUGAGGGCGUAUAAAAACCGACGGCGGGCUUCGUCCGCGGUUCCAGGACGAGAUCGACGCUCUGGGCAGGAGGAUGCCGAUGAGGAUCUGGACACUCCAACGUCCACGCUGCGUCGCCACAAGCGCCAUAAUAGUCUGCCCAAGAAUGCGCUCUACCCACGACACACCACCCUACAGGAGAGCCUCGAUGACGACGACGACGAGGAGGAUGAGAGGGCGCGGCACAAGGACUCGCCAUCGAAGACCAAGAUCUGCCACUCGGACACCGAACUGGAUCCACCGCAGAACGCAAAGCAGUGUCAUGCGAAUGGCCAGGACCACCAGACGGACUACCUACAGCUGCCCUCCGUUUGCACCUGUCCGUAUUUCGGGGAUAGACCGCUCCAGAACUGUGUGAAAACGGCGGAGGUGAAGAUCAUUUCAUCCGCCUUCCGGGUGACCACCACCACCACGGCGGUGAGCAGUUCGCCCAGCGAAAUGGAGCUGCUCAUGUGCAGUGGUGGCAAGAAGAAGUCGCUGACCUCCAGCGUGAGUGCUGGCAUGACGGGUGGAUCGGCAGGCGGAGGAGCAGGAGGAGGAGGACCUCCUGCCACAUGUGGCUCCACCCUGAGUCCACACUCGGCCCACAAUCAGGGCAGUUCCCUGACGGUCCAGAGUGACGGCAGUGGCUAUCUGGCGGCCCCGGGAACACCCUGUCCUGGCAGACGAAAGUUGAGCAUCUCGAAGACCGCUUCGGUGGUCACCUGGGACUCCAGUCGACAUCGCAGGCGGGGCAGCAGUUUUGGCGGCGUGCGAACAUCCCUCCUGCUGACCCCCACCAAAACGGCCACCGCCUCCACUUCAUCCACGCCCUUGAGAAGAUCGGCUACGCUGAGGAGUCACCAGAACAUGAACUAUCAGGGGGCGGGUGAAUGUGGUGGCAAGGCCAGGACGACCACAUCCUCGCCCUGCAUGUUGCAGCGCCAGCAGACAGUGCGAUCCCAUCACUCGCGGAACUCCAGUGUGAUCUCGAGGAACUCCUCCCGCCACGGCAGGAUCAUCCGGCUGGAGCAGAAGGCCACCAAGGUGCUGGGGGUGGUGUUCUUCACCUUCGUGAUCCUGUGGUCGCCCUUCUUCGUCCUGAAUCUCCUGCCCACCGUGUGUGCGGAGUGCGAGGAGCGGAUCAGCCAUUGGGUCUUCGACGUGGUCACUUGGCUGGGCUAUGCCAGCUCCAUGGUGAACCCGAUCUUCUACACCAUCUUCAACAAGGUGUUCCGGCAGGCGUUCAAGAAGGUCCUGCUCUGCAGGUAUUCCAACACGAGUGCCUGGCGACCGAGUAGAUAGCAGACGCCCGUCAAGCCGGGAAAACUCAAGGCGAAUCCGCACAAGUGCGCCAGUGUGGACUUUCAGGAUUCCAGCGCUCCAGUGCGGGGUGUCCUUAAAAAGAGUGUAUGUAUAUAAAUGCAAAGACAACACAAACGGUCAUUUCGCCUGCGGUUAACCGCACAACGUGUCGUAUACGCAAUCUCGGAGGGAUGAAUACCAUAUCCCCCACUCCACCGCUUGCACGUGUGUCCUUGGGGCUUAAGCGCUUAUGUGCCUCUAAUUAAUUUCAAAUUCAAUUUGCAUGCCAUCGAAAACACGUGGCCAAGAACCGGAUCGGCUUGGAGUCUCUCAUCCCCGCCGGAUUGCCAAGGGUCUGGGAUUAAGUUUGGCGCAGACAAUGGCAUCCUCU